ACCCGGACACUGAUUGGAAUUGUUGCUGGUUCGGCUUCGAACUGCGAGUAUAUGGGAGGUAACAAGGUCGAAAUUGCGAUUGGCCGACAAAGACCGCGGUUGGGUGGCGAGAGACCGUUACGGCUCAGAUUGCGUUCAACCUCAGCGGCGACCCUGAAUGGGAGAUUGGUACUAAUGCGGUGGAUUCUGAAAAGGUUAUGGUUAAUGGCAAACGCCGAGUGUAGGAAACAACCCUUGAUUUCUUUGCUUACUGGAAAGCUUCUUGCGGAUUGAACGAAAAACGCAGCGCAUGCGAGCUUGGAAAGAGCAAAGCAGGAGGAGCAAACUGGCGACGUGUCUUCCAAGGACUCACGAUGGAAAUGCAGGUCCAAAUUUUUUCGAACGGGAGAUUUUUUUGAAAGGAGAGAUUAAGGUGCGCAAUAUCUGCGGCGCGAAUAUCCGUGCUUGUACUUGGUGCAUGCAGACGCAGACAAAGAGGACGCUUAUCCAGAGCAUUCACGCCCGAUCCCGAACACUGCAUGUGUGCUCCCGCACGGCAGAGCGACAAACAUGCACCAGCAUACAAGGUCAAGGUUUAGAAGCUUCAGUGCUGCUGAGAUUGGUAGAAUACACAGGUACCUAUGCCACUACGGGUCGGGCCUUGUCGACAAAUUGGGCAAUUCCGCCGGUGGCAAGCAGCAGCGCGAGCAGGCUCGACUUGAUCACCCUUUCUCCCCCUCCCCCUCUCCCUCCUCGACAAUCAACUCACCCCCACGAGAGCAUUCAUGCCGCGCUCCAAGCCGCCGGAGACGAGGUCAAGAUGCUCUACACGCACCAUAGAUCCUACCCACUAAACAGCUACGCAACAAGCCAGACAUCUCGAGCGCACAAGCAACCCACCCAACCCCAAAGCACCUCAGCAUGAGUCUCAAAGGCAGCCAACACCGCCCCAAAGAAACGCAAAUGCCCCCUUAAACGCAGACAAAGUAACUGCACAACACGCCAACGCGCCUCGUUCAAGACAGAGAAAUCAAGAAGGCAAGAGCCAUCCCAUCCCCCUCCGAUUCGCCAUACAAGC